CUCUUUUUCUCUUGUGGGGCUGCAGGGAAGGGUAGGCGACUGCGCCAGCGCGGGCGUCCCUGAGAGGGCCGGGCGCGAUCCCAGCCGGCUGCGGCGCGCAGGAGCCGGGCCCGGGAGGCCCGACGGGGCGCCCGGCAUGUGGGACCCGCAGGAGUUUGAGCGCCACUGGCAGGCCGAGUUCCCCGGGGAGGAGGCGCCGGCCAUGAGGCUGGACUCGGUGCAGGACAUGGAGCGGGAGCUGGAGCACUGCAAACUCAACCUGAAGCGGCUGCAACAGGUGUUGGCGGAAGAGAAGUUCAAAGUCCUAUACCUGCAGGCUGCCCUGGCCGGGGAGAAGCUAAACCCCGGCUGCGGGCGCCGGGCAGGCGGAGACGGCUGCAGCGGGGGAGCCUCGGCGGAGGAGCCAGCGCCAGCCGGGCCAGAGCGAGCGCCGCCACCGUGCGAGCAGGAGGACGCGGAGGACGGCGGCGGAGUCCCCCCGGGCCCCGCGCGCCCCGACCCGGAGGUGGCGGCGAAGGCCGAGUCUCCCCCCUACGUGUGCCUGGACCUUCCCCGCUGUCCCCGGGCGGCGGGGGGCGGGGGCGCGGUGCGCAGCUUGACCGCAGCCAUCCACCAGCAGCUGCUGCAGCCUCGCCUCCUCUUCAGCCCCCGGGAGGAUUGCGCGCCCCCCGGCCACGAUGGCAGUGUUCCCAAGGCUCCUGGACAGGAUCUGUCCUCCGGGACCCGCACGGGGCGGGGCUCAGAGGAAGGCGAGCCGGACGCCUCCGGCGCGGACGAUGGGGGCGACAGCAGUGACCACGACUUCGAGAUGGUGGAUUUGAACGAGAAAUUCGUACUGGGCCACUUGCUAGUGGCCCCCUGCCGGUUCGGGACUCGAGAUGACCCGGAGAAGCCGGCGCGGGCGUGCAGCCCCCACCGCUGGAUGCACCUGAUCCCGGGGGGCCGGAGGCAGCACCGCCGGAGCGGCGACACGGACCAGCUGGAGGCGGAGGCUAAGGACGGUGGGGGCUCGCCCCUAGCCGCGGAUGAGCACAGGCGCGGGGCCCGCGAGCACCUCCCCCCGUGGCGGCGCAAGAGGUUCCUGCGGGUGCCUGAGCGGGACUCGCCCAGCCACAGCUCGCCGGAGAGGGGCAGCGACUGCAGCCACAACAGCUCCGAUCACGAGGACAGCCUGUCUGCAGACUUCAGCUACGGGGCAGACGACUACGACGGAGAGGGGAAUGAGGAGCAGAAAGGGCCCCCGGAGGGCUCAGAGACCAUGCCGUACAUCGACGAGUCGCCAACCAUGUCCCCCCAGCUCAGCGCCCGCAGCCAGGGCGGCGGGGACAGCAUCUCCCCCACCCCACCCGAGGGGCUGGCACCUGGGGUGGAAGCAGGGAAAGGCCUGGAGAUGAGGAAGCUGGUUCUCUCGGGGUUCCUGGCCAGCGAAGAGAUCUACAUCAACCAGCUGGAAGCCUUGUUGCUGCCCAUGAAACCCCUGAAGGCCACAGCCACCACCUCCCAGCCCGUGCUCACCAUCCAGCAGAUCGAGACCAUCUUCUACAAGAUCCAGGACAUCUACGAGAUCCACAAGGAGUUCUAUGACAACCUCUGCCCCAAGGUGCAGCAGUGGGACAGCCAGGUCACCAUGGGCCACCUCUUCCAGAAGCUGGCCAGCCAGCUUGGUGUGUACAAAGCUUUUGUGGAUAACUAUAAAGUUGCUCUGGAGACAGCUGAGAAGUGCAGCCAGUCCAACAACCAGUUCCAGAAGAUCUCAGAGGAACUCAAAGUGAAAGGUCCCAAGGACUCCAAGGACAGCCACACGUCAGUCACCAUGGAAGCUCUGCUAUACAAGCCCAUUGACCGAGUCACUCGGAGCACCCUGGUCCUACACGACCUGCUGAAGCACACACCUGUGGACCACCCAGACUACCCACUGCUCCAGGAUGCCCUCCGCAUCUCCCAGAACUUCCUGUCCAGCAUCAAUGAGGACAUUGACCCCCGCCGGACUGCAGUCACAACCCCCAAGGGGGAGACGCGGCAGCUGGUAAAGGAUGGCUUCCUGGUGGAGGUGUCGGAGAGCUCUCGGAAGCUGCGGCACGUCUUCCUCUUUACAGAUGUCCUACUGUGUGCCAAGCUGAAGAAGACCUCCGCAGGGAAGCACCAGCAAUAUGACUGUAAGUGGUACAUCCCUCUGGCCGACUUAGUGUUUCCAUCCCCCGAGGAGUCUGAGGCCAGCCCACAGGUGCACCCCUUCCCAGACCACGAGCUGGAGGACAUGAAAAUGAAGAUCUCUGCCCUCAAGAGUGAAAUCCAGAAGGAGAAAGCCAACAAAGGGCAGAGCCGGGCCAUCGAGCGCCUGAAAAAGAAGAUGUUUGAGAAUGAGUUCCUGUUGCUGCUCAAUUCCCCCACAAUCCCGUUUCGGAUCCACAGUCGGAAUGGAAAGAGCUACCUGUUCCUACUGUCCUCGGACUAUGAGAGGUCAGAAUGGAGAGAAGCGAUUCAGAAACUACAGAAGAAGGAUCUCCAGGCCUUUGUCUUGAGCUCAGUGGAGCUCCAGGUGCUCACGGGAUCCUGUUUCAAGCUUAGGACUGUACACAACAUUCCUGUCACCAGCAAUAAAGACGACGACGAGUCCCCUGGGCUCUAUGGCUUCCUUCAUGUCAUCGUCCACUCUGCCAAGGGAUUUAAGCAAUCGGCCAACCUGUACUGUACCCUGGAGGUGGAUUCCUUUGGCUAUUUUGUCAGCAAAGCCAAAACUAGGGUGUUCCGGGACACGACAGAGCCCAAGUGGGAUGAGGAGUUUGAGAUUGAACUGGAAGGCUCUCAGUCCCUGAGGAUCCUGUGCUACGACAAGUGCUACGACAAGACCAAGGUCAACAAGGACAACAACGAGAUCGUGGACAAGAUCAUGGGCAAAGGGCAGAUCCAGCUGGACCCACAAGCUGUAGAAACCAAGAACUGGCACACAGACGUGAUUGAGAUGAACGGGAUCAAAGUGGAAUUCUCCAUGAAGUUUACCAGCCGGGACAUGAGCCUAAAGAGGACCCCGUCCAAAAAGCAGACCGGCGUCUUUGGUGUGAAGAUCAGCGUGGUGACGAAGCGGGAGCGCUCCAAGGUGCCCUACAUCGUCCGGCAGUGUGUGGAAGAGGUGGAGAAGAGGGGCAUCGAGGAGGUCGGCAUCUACCGGAUAUCGGGGGUGGCCACGGACAUCCAGGCGCUGAAGGCCGUCUUUGAUGCCAAUAACAAGGACAUCUUGCUGAUGCUGAGUGACAUGGACAUCAACGCCAUCGCCGGCACCCUCAAGCUCUAUUUCCGGGAACUGCCCGAGCCCCUCCUCACAGACCGGCUUUACCCAGCCUUCAUGGAGGGCAUCGCCCUGUCGGACCCUGCUGCCAAGGAAAACUGCAUGAUGCACCUGCUCCGCUCCCUGCCCGACCCCAACCUCAUCACCUUCCUCUUCCUGCUGGAACACUUGAAAAGGGUUGCUGAGAAGGAGCCCAUCAACAAAAUGUCACUUCACAACCUGGCUACUGUGUUUGGCCCCACGUUACUGAGACCCUCAGAAGUGGAAAGCAAAGCACACCUCACGUCAGCUGCAGACAUCUGGUCCCAUGACGUCAUGGCACAGGUCCAGGUCCUUCUCUACUACCUGCAGCACCCCCCCAUCUCCUUUGCAGAACUGAAGCGGAACACACUGUACUUCUCCACCGACGUGUAGCCCAAGGCGGGGGCAGCUGCAGGGGGGGUGGCCAGGGCCAGCCUCUCCAGCCAGGGGCCUAACACAGACUUGAAAGACUGCAAUAGAAAACUCCCAAACCCAGCACUCCAGACUCCAAGGGAAGCAGACUUCCAAGAACUGGAAUAUGUGCAUCUUUUGUGCCACCUUGUACAAAGCCAGCUGACCAGCCCCAGCCUCACCGCCACACCCUGGGCUCCUGCCCUCUGUACCUCUAGUUGUGUCUAAUGCUCCGUGUUGUUCGGGAAUUGUUUUAUGUAUAUUUGUCAUGCAGAAAAGGUAGUGACCGACUCCGUGUGGGCACACAGACAGCCUGCUUUGUUCUUUCAUUUCCUCCAACACUUUCUUUCCUCCCGAGUCCAGUCCAAGGGCUUUUAUUUUGCGCUGUAUAACCGCUGCCAGCUUCUCCUCUCUUGGCCCUGCUCCCAGAUUGCAGUCUCCUGGCAGCCUCCCCCCAGUUCCCUCCACCCUCUCCUCCUUCCCAGCCUGCCCGCGUGCAUGUGCAGCUUCGGUUUUUGCUCCAUCGCCGUGAAAGCUCUGCAGAGGCCCUGGGCGGCGGUGGCAGCCCGUCUGCUGCUGCCGCCUGCUGCCCCGGCCCUCUCCUUGCCCCCACCUGUGGAAGCACAUCUGCUUUGCCUUGCUGCCUGUGCAAAUGUUGGACAAGGAGACAGACUCACACUAAUCCUCAGCUUAGCACAAAGCUGGAGAGCUCAUUUCUGGAAUUUUCCACGAGAGAAUCUCCAUAUCUGGGGUUUAUCUGCUCUGUCUCCUGCCUACCAGUGAGGCACCUUUGACUGUUUCUUCUACUGCUUUUCAGUUCCUUUUCCCCUGGUGUUCUAUUUCCUUUGAGUGUGAAGACUCACAAGUGACCUGCUCGCAAGACAGCCAGAGUCAGGAGAGAACCUGGGGGAGGCGGGGGCACAGUCAGGCUGCUGAGGAGCGAGACAGGAUGAGCAGUCAGGGCAACGGCAGUGGCACGGGGUGUCCUGAGCUGUGGGGGGCACACUCUUAGAAGCAAGUUGUCACGGCUUUUCUCGUGGAGCCAGGCUUCCUGGAGGGCAGCUAAUAUGGCUAAAGCGGGUGUCCAGAAAUGGGCAGGCUCUACCCAGGAGGCCACCUGGCACCUCAGUACCUCGUGGUGCUCUUGCCUUAGACUUUACACACAUCCUGUACAACCAAGCACUGCCACGGGGCAGCCCCACUGCCACGUGUUCUCCAGGACCUGGGAAAGAAAGGCACAGUCCAGCAGCCAGCUGUCAUGGUGCUGCCCCCACCCCACCCCUGGCUUCUGGAUGUAGGUUUUGAGUGAAUUCUGGGAAACUUCAGAAGUUGGGGGAGGACAAGGAAUCACAGGCACCUGCAUCUCUUGGGACCAGGUUUUGCAAGGGGCCCGCCUUGUUGACGUUGUAGUCCUGAGUAAGGGAUCAGCAGGUUCCAGUCCGAACUUCGAGAACCACUGCUCAGUACUGGAAAGGAGUGAGUAUUCCCAAAGUGCAAUUUCCCUCUGAGCAGCAGCUGUCAGCUGUGGCAAUCAGCCUAGGAGGGCAGACACUCCAGUGACAAGGGCUUGCGUUAUAGCACAGCUCCUGGCCUCUUCCAUGUGGCAGAGAGUAGAUUCUAGGCCCUCAGGACUGGGGAGAACAGCUCUCAUUGCUGUACUCAGGACUGGGUCUUGAAGAAGGGCUGCUGGCCCUAAAGCUGUAGUGCUUGCUCAGUGAGAGGCAGGGUCCUUUCUGAUCCUGUGUGUACCUUUUGCCUUCAGAACGGUGUAUAUUCUGUGCACGUUGGAAUACUGACCACCCAGCUGCCAGUUAGCAGCUUAGCAAGGAGUCCUGCUCCCUGGGAUGGGAGGUGAAGGGGAAGGAAUGCCACUUGGAUCUAAAUCCAGCAUCUGACCACUCCUGAGGUCUGGUUGGCACUCAGGUGUUGGUGCGUGGCAUGGAAAGCUCUUGCUUGCUUCCAAAGUGAUUGACAGUAAUGAAUUAGAGGCCCAGCAGAGCUAGUUACACCCCAAAGUGGGUGCCUCCCACCUUCUAAACAAGGAAUGUUUGCUUCUUAGCAUCAGGGAGCCCUGCAGCCCACAAGCUUGCUUAGGCAACAUGUGAAUAGGAGCAAGGCUGGAAGGGCCAAGAAAUGCAAAAGGCUCAUAUUUAUAAGUUCUACCCCUGAGUGGGGAGGGUCGGGUGCCAGACUUGGACUAAGCUGUACCAAGGAAAUACUAGGUGGGUUCUCCUGAGAGACAGGGACUGUGCAGCUCAGAACUCCCAGUCAGUUUGCCCAGCAGGGUGGGCUGUGCCAACAGGAGCCCAGGACAGGCUACUGGAAUCCCAGGUAUGCCUGUCCUUGCUGGGCAAUGGCUGAUGGCUGCCGGUUUUUGCUGAUACAGGUGGGAUGGGACCCUUCAUUAAUAUUUGACUUUAAUAAGUUGGUAAGGAUAUAUUUUUUUUGUCUAUGUUCUGUUUCAAUUUAUGUAGAUUAUUAUAAAUUGAUGUAAACCAUGUGAGAGGAAAAUGUUAAUAAAAAAAAAAAUGCAAAGCCCCAACAUUUGCACAAAACUCA